UUUAAAGCGCCUUUGUUGAGCUCCUCUGUAAACAAAGUUUUGGACCUAUUUUGCAAUCAUCCAUGGAUAUUUUGCAAUCAUCCAUGUUUUCUUGUGAGGUGAACUGUAAACAAGAGAAGCCCAACAGGAUGACCAGUGUGCUUUGCAGCAGAGCUCGGCUGGUGACAUACCUGCCAGGGCUUCACGUUCUAGUUCAUCGUGUUGUUGGAGCCAGGACUUUCUCCGGGGCGUCCGGCUCAGAUGAGACACACCUUCACAGCAGUACCCCUGACACUGCACAAAGGACAGUGUGGCCGGACGAGACCAUGGGCCCGUUCGGACCUCAGGAUGAACGUUUCCAGUUGCUGGGUAACAUGGGUUUUGACUGUCAUUUGGAGGAUCCAGUGGAGCAGAGGACCUCACCGAUUCACGGCGUGAUGCCAGACGUGCUCACUGCUCAGUCCAGCAGCGAGAGGCACAACUUCAUCCUGGCCCAGUUCAUCAAUGAGCUUCAUGAAAGUGAUAAAACAUCCACAGAACAGAACGUGGAUAAAGCAGAGCACUUCUUCGAUCAUUCCAGUGUGGAGUGUGCCAUUCAGUCUUGCCCUGAAUUGAUAAAAAAAGAUUUUGAGUCCAUGUUCCCUGAGGCCCCGUCGACCGGCAUGAUGGUGGUCACAGUGACGCAGAAAACACAGAACGACAUGACGGCCUGGACUGAGCAAGUGGACCAGGAGAGAGAAGAGCUGCUCGCAAAAUUUGUUUCAGGUGCAAAGGAGAUAUGCCAUGCUCUCCGAACAGAAGGAUUCUGGGCUGAUUUCAUUGACCCAUCGUCUGGACUUGCAUUCUUUGGUUCAUACACAAACAACACGCUCUUUGAAACGGAUGAAAGGUAUCGCCAUUUAGGUUUUCAGAUCGAGGACCUGGGCUGUUGUAAAGUGAUUCGGCACAUCAUGUGGGGGACGCACGUUUUUGUGGGCACACUUUUCACCACAGCGCCACCCAACAGCCAGAUCAUGAAGAAGCUACAAGGGAACUAAAGUUAAUUAGUUAAGGAUGCUGAGUCGGCUUGGGAACACUAUUAAUAUCUAAAACAAACCUCACCUUGAGAUGAUUAUCGCAAUCAAAACACACUUACAUCCCAUAAUGCACUGUGCGGGCGUCUGAGUGCAAGAGCGAGUUGCGGCGUGUUUGAGUGAGUUGCUACUUUUUUCCUUUUCCUUUGGUUUGUAUAGAUAUUUUGGUUUAGUGUAGAUUUAAUUGUCGCAAUUGUCACAAUUAUCGCCCGCAUAGUGAAGUUGCCCAGGGGCUGCUGCUGCUGGAAAUUUGUAUUUAUUUUUGUAGAUCAAAAAGCACUUUUGGUGGGACUUUUAUUUUGGGUGCGUGUGCUACAGAGGGAAGUUCUGUGUCACAUGUCCAGCAUCUUUCAGUCUCUCUCUUCCUCUAUGUUGCCUUUCUUCUACCACAUACUUCAAUGGAACUAAAAUGUGACAGCUAAACCAUUGCUCCAUUGUUUGUGUGAACAGUUUGGAACUGAUGACCUUCACAUAAAACCAUCCCAUAAUCUAAAUGGUUGAGCUACCAAGAUAUAAGGCCUUCAUCACUCAGUAGUGACAUGCAUUUCAAGUAACUAGUAAAUGCAACUAGAAUUAGGCUGAUAAUUGGUUUGACAGAUUUUCUUAUACUCUGUUGAAGUAAAAAAAUAAA